UGCCAGGUGCAGUUGCGAAAAGUAUGAAACAGGCGUGUACUCUGCUCUGUCUGGUGCUCUUGACAGCCAGCCUGGCGGUGCCCAGUGCGGCACGUGGCGGCCGUGGACGCGGCGGCGGCUCUUUCGGUGGCCUCUUCGGCGGCUGGCGUAGCAAGUACGGCAGCAAAUCGUCGUCGUCCGGCGGUGGACGACGCGUGGUCAGCGGCUCACCGGUGCACACGGCGAUGACGGUGCCAAAGCUGCCGCCACCGCCACCGCCGCCACUGUCGACCAAGGUUAAACCACAUGUGGUCAGCUAUCCACAUCAACAGCCACCGCCACCGCCGGGCUACGGCUAUGCGCCAGCUGUGGGACAGGGCACGUACUAUGCGAAUGCCCAGGCUAUGCCCGCCGGCGCCUUCUACUACGCACAGCCGCCCACGUCAAUGGGCAUGGGUUCAGGCACAGGUUUUCUGACUGGUCUGCUGGCUGGCCGACUGAUGGACAACGUGCUCUUCGGGCAUCGCCAGCAUGUGUCGCAUGUCUACCAUCAGAAUCAGGAGGGUCAAUCAGCUUCCGACAAUGGUCGUGAGAUCAUAAUUAUCAACAAUGGACAGCAGCAAGGCGAAGGCGAAACGGAGCUGCCGCCCAAUGAAUCACUAGGCACAGAAGACGGAAGUGUCACCCCAGAGAAUCCACUCGCAAAAGAAGAAGAAGCAGAGCAGGAAGCAGACUCCAGUGAGGAGGCAGCCAAUGCUACUGCACUGCCCGAAAUGCCAGUUGGAGGCAUCAUCUGCUUUCCCAUCAUGCGAAAUGACACGGAUUCAGAGAAUACGGUGACGGAAGUGGCUUGCUUUCCAGCGCCCACCGCAGAUCCACAAUCAGCUGAUUGUCAAAAUGAUCCUAUCUGCCUGUUACAGUAUGGCGGCACCACCACUAGCACAGUGCCACCAAUUGUUGCAGGCGAUAUUGGUGGUGCAGGUGAAGCCAGUGAUUCCCUGGAAGUAUCCACUCCCUCGGCGGAUAUCAAUACUCCACAUGAUUAGUCAUUAAAUUAGGCUUUAAGCUCAGCUGAUAAUAAAUAUUCAUUUAAUUGCUGAUUAA